AUGUUAACAGUUGAGGAAAACAGUGAAACAGUAUCGCUUAGUAAUAUAGAUACACAGUCGAAAUUAUUUGAUACAAAAGGUGAUUGGAUUUUAUUAAAUGUUGGUGGUAGACAUUUUCUUACAACACGUUCAACAUUAUUAAAAGAAGAAUCAUUUCUUGGUCGUUUAUGUCAAUCAGAAUCUGAUCUUAAAACUGAUGUUGAUGCGAAAGGUGGUUAUUUAAUUGAUCGUGAUCCAAAUUAUUUUAAUGUUAUUUUAAAUUAUCUUCGUCAUGGGAAAUUAAUUCUCGAAGCUAAUCUCGUUGAAGAAGGUGUAUUAGAAGAAGCAGAAUUUUAUAAUAUACAAACAUUAAUCGAACUUGUUAAAGAAAGAAUUCGAGAACGAGAUAAACGAAAAAUGGAUGAUGGUACAGCAAAUCGUGUUUAUCGAGUAAUGCAAUGUAAAGAAAAAGAAAUUACACAAUUAAUGUCUUCAUUAAGUGAUGGAUGGAAAUUUGAACAGCUUAUUGGUCAUUCACCGGUUGGUUCAAGUUAUAUAUAUCCUGAAGGUGAAUUUUUAUGUAUUGUAUCCAAACAAUACGAUCGAGGAUUGCGAGAGGAGACCAAUGCUUGUUUAUCUCCACGGGUUAAAAUUUUACAAGAACGAGGCUCUCGAAUGUAA